AUGAUAAAUCUAAUCAAUCAAUUUUGUUCGUUUGAAAAUCUAGGCUACGGCGGCGGCGGUGGAGGUGGCGGUUAUGGCGGCGGUGGAGGCGGUGGAAUGAUGAUGAUGUGCGGCGGUGGUGGCGGCUGCGGUGGUGAGAAGAAGAAGACGACCAUCUCUUUCGACAUUCCCGAUCUCGGCCUAGGCGGCAUGGGAAAGGGCAUGGGUGACAUGAUGGGCAACCUAGGGUCAAUGCUGGGCAACCUUGGCAAGUCCAUGAGCAAAGGCGGCGGAGGCGAUGACUGCGGCGGUGGCGGCUAUGUUCAGCUUUAUCACUACAAUCCCAGCACUUACCUUUGGCACAAAGAGACAGCUGAGCUGCACCGUUCCGCUGAGACUCAUCAGCGAGCAGAUGAGGAGGUAGCGGACCUCGGUGAUGGUGCCCAGGAGGACGAACAUCGGCAGGAAGGUCAGCCAGACGACGCAGGUAGUGUAAUUGGUGAAGGUAAUGUAGCGCGCCUCGUUGAAGCCCUCCGGGCACUUGCGCGUCUUGAAGGCGUACACCGUGCAGAAACCGAUGAGAACCAGAGGGUAGAGCAGGCCGAGGAGGUAGGAGGUCCGUUCGGAGCCGGAGCAGAUGAGCACCGCCUUGUCACGGGCAGGGUAGACGAACUCGGUGGUGGGCGGGUCGUAGAGGAUCCAGGCGACGUUGAUGGCCACCUCGAUGGCUAUCAGCAGACCGGUUAUGACCAGCUGAGAGCGCGGCGAGGUGAAGCGCGGCUUGGCCGUCGAGCGGUGGCGGAAGAUGCGCGCGAUCCGAUUGGUCUUCGUGACGAUGGCCGAGUAGCAGACGGUGUAGCAGAAGCCGAGGAGGAAGCGGUUGAGGGAGCAGGAAAGAGGGGAGGGGCGGGAAAUGAUGACGAAGGUCAUGGCGAAGGAGAGGAGGAUGCCGGCCAGGUGGAGGUGGCUGAGUUCGCGGCCGGCCGCCUUGAUCACCGGCGUCUCGGCGAAGCGGCAGAAAACCAGCCAGGUGGAGACGGUGGCCAGCAUGCCCGCCGUGGCGAUGCCCAUCGAGACGAUGGUCCACCAGUUGGAGAGGGACAGGUGCAGCGGG